AUGAGUGACAGUGAGGAUGAGGUGCCAGCGCUGUCGGCCCACACUCUGGCUGCGCUUCAGGAGUUCUACGCAGAGAGCCAGGCCCUCCAGAGCACAGAGACCACCGGGGCGAUCACUGUGGGGGCUGUGGAGGAAGACUGGGGCCUGAGUCAGUUCUGGUACAGUGAGGACACGGCCCGACGGUUGGCCCAGGAGCUGGUGCAGCAGGCUGGACCCGGGGGCAGAGUGGCAUGUGUGAGUGCGCCCAGUGUGUACCAGGCUCUGAAGCAGGGCGUGGUGGAAGGUUCGGCCGCGCUUACAGUUUUCCUGUUUGAGUUUGAUCGACGCUUCGCUUCGUACGGAGACGACUUCAUCUUCUACGACUACAACCUGCCGCUGGCCCUUCCCCCGCAUGUGUGUGAGGGCAGCUUCGACGUGGUGCUGGCUGACCCGCCCUACCUGUCCCACGAGUGCCUCAGCAAAGUGGCCCAGACCGUGCGCUACCUCACCACGGGGAAAGUGCUGCUGUGUACUGGAGCAGUGAUGAAGAGCGCGGCCAAAGAGCUGCUGAACCUGGACAUGUGCAGCUUCCGACCGCAGCAUCACCGCAACCUGUCCAAUGACUUUUGCUGCUACAGCAACUACACCUCAGGCCUGUGA